AUGGAGGCUUCUCGAGGCCCUCCCCGGGUCAAGAACAAGGCCGCUGCGCCUAUCCAGAUUUCUGCAGAGCAGCUGCUCCGCGAAGCCGUGGAUCGACAAGAGCCUGGUCUGCAAGCCCCGACCCAGCGCUUCGCUGAUCUGGAGGAGCUCCACGAGUUCCAGGGUCGCAAGCGCAAGGAAUUCGAAGACUAUGUGCGUCGAAACCGAAUUAACAUGAACAACUGGAUGCGCUAUGCGGCAUGGGAAUUAGAACAGAAAGAAUUCCGUCGCGCGCGAUCCAUCUUCGAGCGAGCCCUGGACGUCGACUCGACCGCCCCCGUGUUAUGGAUUCGGUACAUUGAAGCUGAGAUGAAAACCCGGAACAUCAACCAUGCUCGCAACUUGCUCGAUCGCGCCGUUACUAUCCUCCCUCGCGUCGAUAAACUCUGGUACAAAUAUGUCUACAUGGAGGAGACCCUGGGUAAUAUCCCUGGUACCCGGCAAGUCUUUGAGCGGUGGAUGGCAUGGGAGCCAGAGGAGGGAGCUUGGAGUGCGUACAUCAAGUUGGAAAAACGUUAUAAUGAGUUUGAGCGGGCGCGGGCGAUCUACCAGCGAUUCACUAUUGUGCAUCCCGACCCGCGCAAUUGGAUCAAAUGGGCUCGUUUCGAGGAAGAGUCCGGAACGAGUGAUCUGGUUCGCGAGGUCUACGGCAUUGCUAUUGAGACACUGGGAGAAGACUUUAUGGACGAGAAGCUCUUCAUUGCUUAUGCCAAGUUUGAGGCAAAGCUGAAGGAGUAUGAGCGUGCUCGAGCAAUUUACAAAUACGCCCUGGACCGUAUGUCCCGAUCUAAGUCUAUGACUUUGCACAAGGCCUACACAACCUUUGAAAAGCAGUUCGGAGAUCGCGAAGGUGUUGAAGAUGUGAUUCUUUCUAAGCGUCGGGUUCAAUAUGAAGAGCAGCUGAAGGAGAACCCACGGAAUUACGAUAUAUGGUUCGACUUCGCCCGGUUGGAGGAAACCGCUGGCGACGCAGAGAAAGUCCGCGAUGUCUACGAGCGUGCCAUUGCUCAGAUCCCGCCUUCACAAGAAAAGCGCCACUGGCGUCGUUAUAUCUACCUCUGGAUCUUCUACGCUGUAUGGGAAGAGAUGGAGGCGAAGGAUAUCUCUCGUGCGCGACAGAUCUACCAAGAAUGCAUCAAGUUGAUCCCGCACAAGAAGUUCACUUUCGCAAAGGUGUGGUUGAUGAAGGCACAGUUUGAGGUCCGACAAAUGGAGCUGCAGACCGCACGGAAGACAUUGGGCAUGGCUAUUGGUGCUUGCCCGAAGGAUAAGCUUUUCCGUGGAUACAUUGAAUUGGAGCGACAGCUCUUCGAGUUCGUGCGAUGCCGGACCUUGUAUGAGAAGCAGAUUGAAUGGAAUUCCUCCAACAGUCAAUCCUGGAUCCAAUAUGCGGAACUGGAACGCGGCUUGGAUGAUCUUGACCGUGCACGUGGUCUUUACGAGUUGGGCAUCGAACAACCCACACUGGAUAUGCCCGAGUUGGUGUGGAAGUCCUACAUUGACUUUGAAGAGUACGAAGGCGAGUAUGAUCGUGUUCGGGCGCUAUACGAGCGUCUCCUCUCGAAGACCGAUCAUGUGAAGGUGUGGAUCAACUACGCCCGGUUCGAGAUCAACGUACCGGAAGACGAAGAGGAAGAAGAGGAGGAGGAGGAGCGACCCAUCAGUGAAGAAGCGAAACAACGAGCUCGUGCCGUCUUCACCCGGGCCCACAAAGUGUUCAAAGACAAGGACCUCAAGGAAGAGCGGGUGGAAUUGCUCAAUGCCUGGCGAUCAUUUGAAAACACUCAUGGUUCGCCAGAGGAUAUCGAGAAGAUCGAGAAACAGAUGCCGCGGCGGGUCAAAAAACGUCGUAAGCUGGAGGAUGAUCGGUACGAGGAGUACAUGGACUACGUGUUCCCAGCAGAUGACCAAUCGGCGGCCAAUCUGUCACGACUGCUCCAGAAGGCACACCAAUGGAAACAAGCCCAGGGAUAA